AUGGUUCGAAGGUUAAAAAGUCGUGGAAGUGAAGUAAAGCAGUGUGCUAGCCAAGCUCAGGCGGCUACACCUGCUUCCUUCUCAACACUAGGAGGCACCCCGGAGUUCCUAACUUUCAGUACACCUACUCCGUCCAGAUCAGGGGUUCCUUCUCCUAAUGUUGGUGUCACUAGCGCUCCGUCACAUGUCGAGCUUACCCCGGAGGGGGUCGCCAACAAUUUCCUUGAGUUGAGGUCCCUUCUCAACCAAUAUGUGAGUAAAGAAAGGGACAAGGGAGUGAGAAUCCGUCUGGACUAUGACGAACCAGAGCCGACGUUGUCUCCUGGACCUCCACCACCCCCACCCCCACCCCCACCCCCAUCUUCAAGAGCUACAUUGCCUCAAAUGACGGCACCCUUCUUGAAGGAGUUUGAACAUCUUAAAAUCCAACUGGAAGAAAUAAAAUCAGCCACUGACAACUUUGGUGUAAACAAAUUCAUCGGAAGUGGUGGAUUCGGGAAGGUAUAUCAAGGAGAAGUUUCUCACUCCAAUGGGAAAAGCAUGUGUGCUUUUAAGUGUCUAGAUACAAGGUAUGGGCAAGGAGAGCCUGAGUUCCUAAAGGAAAUCAUGAUGCUUUCUGAUUAUAAGCACAAAAAUCUCAUCUCUCUACUGGGUUUUUGCGACGAGGGUGGUGAGAAGAUACUUGUGUAUGAGUAUGCUUCUAAUGGGAGCCUUGAUCGUCAUUUAAGUUCUAAUCUUCUUACAUGGAGGCAACGCAUCAAGAUAUGCCUUGAUGCUGCAAGAGGAAUAAGCUUCCUUCAUGAUGACAAUGGCUCAAGGCAAAGAGUUAUUCAUCGAGAUAUAAAAAGUUCCAACAUCCUCCUGGAUGAUAGUUGGAACGCCAAAGUUUCUGACAUGGGACUGUCUAAAACAGGACCUGCUAAUCAACCGCACACAUUUGUUAUCACCCGCAAUAUUGUUGGUACCCCUGGGUACUGUGACCCACAAUAUAUGAAUUCAUACACUCUAUCAAAAGAAUCAGACGUAUACUCAUUUGGCGUCGUCUUAUUUGAAGUUUUAUGUGGAAGAUUAUGUUGUACUUAUAGCAACGGCAAGUUAGAUAAAAUUUUGGUGCCUACAUGGAAAAGGGCUUACAUAGAGAAGAAAUUACAGGAGAUUGUCUUUAAAAAUCUAACAAAACCAAUGGACUCCACUUCUUUGGAAAUAUUUUCAGGCAUUGCAUUUCAGUGUUUACAGGAAUAUCGUGAAGAUCGGCCAAAGAUGGCAGACAUUGUAGAAAAGCUGGAGACUGCACUUGAAUUUGAAUUUCGAUCAGAAGCAGCCAAAUAA